CAUUAAGGCAGCAGGUAAACUAGGUUUGGCACUUAAGUGUAUUGAGAAGCAAGUCCAUCAAAAUGGGUCACUGGAUUAUCAACCAUGGACUCACUUACUUCAUACAGGUGGUCUGGAUGGCAAUCAACAUAUUCCUUUUCGUCUGGUUCUUUUUUAUCUACGAGUUGGGGGAUCAGUAUUUCUACACUCGUCACAUUUUGGGGACAGCGCUGGCUUGGGCCAGGGCUCCUGCAGCCGUCCUAAACUUCAACUGUAUGCUCAUCUUGCUGCCUGUGUGUCGGAACCUGCUCUCUCUCCUUCGUGGUUCCUUUAUGUGUUGUGGGAGGACAAUGAGAAAACAGCUGGACAACAAUCUGAGUUUCCACAAGAUGGUUGCAUACAUGAUUGGCUUGAUGACAGCUGUUCACACCAUAGCGCAUCUCUUCAACAUGGAAUGGUUCUACAACAGUAGACAGGGGAAGUAUGACGAACUCAGCACAACUCUAUCGAACCUGGGAGACGAUGAUGAUGAGACAUACCUGAACCCAUUCAGAUCCCUCUCUGAUACUCCCUCCUAUAUCGUGUUCACCACCAUUGCUGGGAUUACAGGGGUGAUUAUCACGCUCUGCCUCAUCCUCAUCAUCACCUCCUCUAUGGAGGUCAUCAGACGCAGCUACUUUGAGGUCUUCUGGUACACACACCACCUCUUCAUAGUAUUUUUUGCAGGCCUGGUCAUCCAUGGGGCUGGACGCAUUGUGCGGAGUCAGCAAAACAUAGACUCACCGUAUAACCUCACCUACUGUAAAGACGAUUUGGAUGACUGGGGGGAAAAACCGGAGUGUCCUAUCCCGCAGUUUGCAGGGGGGUUCCCACAGACUUGGAUGUGGGUGAUUGGUCCCAUGGUGAUCUACUUGUGUGAGAGGUUGCUGCGAUUCAUCCGUUACAUGCAGAACGUCGAGUACAGAAAGAUUGUUAUCCGGCCAUCCAAGGUGUUGGAGCUGCAGUUGGUGAAGAACGGAUUCAAGAUGGAUGUGGGUCAGUAUGUCUUCCUCAACUGCCCAGAAAUCUCCCCACUGGAGUGGCACCCCUUCACCAUGACCUCUGCCCCUGAGGAGGACUUCUUCAGCGUCCACAUCCGUUCUGCAGGCGAUUGGACCCAGAAGCUCAUCAGCAUGGUGGAGCAACUGCCCGAGGGGGCACAGGGUCCCAAAAUGGGGGUGGAUGGUCCAUUUGGGACAGCGAGUGAGGAUGUCUUUGACUAUGAGGUCAGCAUGCUGGUUGGUGCUGGUAUUGGAGUCACCCCGUUUGCUUCUAUCCUCAAGUCCAUCUGGUACAAAUUCAAAGAAUCCAACCCUAAGCUACGAACCAGAAAGAUUUACUUCUAUUGGCUGUGCCGAGAGACAAGUGCUUUUGAGUGGUUUGCAGAUCUGCUGCAGGUGUUGGAGAGGGAGAUGGAAGAGAGAGGCAUGGGCGACUUCCUCACAUACAAACUCUACCUCACUGGAUGGGACCAGAGCCAUGCCAAUCAUGUGAUGGUUCACUUCGAUCAGGACACGGACGUCGUCACAGGACUGAAGCAGAAAACGCACUAUGGCAGGCCAAACUGGGAAAAGGAGUUCGAACAAGUCCGCAAUGAAAACCCAACGGCAGUGGUGGGGACAUUCCUGUGUGGCCCUGCAGCUUUGGCUGAUGUCCUUGCAAAGAAAUGUGUGAAGUACUCAGACGUGGAUCCCAGAAAGACCAAAUUCUACUUCAACAAGGAAAACUUCUGAGAUGAGAUUCUUCCCUCUUUGAAGGACACGCUUUGCUCUUGGCUCUUUCAAAAUAUUGCGUUUGCAAUACUAGUUUUGUGCAUCAGUGGAACACAAUAGUGUUGAAACUCAGUUUGACGGAGCUGGCAGUCUCUGUGACUCCUACAAUAGGUGUGUUUAAAUACCUGUAGGAUUCUACCUCCACAAAAUAACUCAAUUUGAGCACAUCACGAAUAAUAAUAAUGUAUUCAUUUAGAAAAAGUCAUUUUCUUGUAGUGUGAUGUCAAUCCUGCUCAGGUAUUGGCUCUUGAUCCUUAACCUUUCAGUGAUGAGUCAGGUAACCGUCAUCCAUAAAAAGCCUUUGUGUGCUGCUGGAUAGCAUUGCUGAUUACUGUUUGUGACUGUUGGUAGUGAUCCAAGUUGGUGGCUGAGGUGUGUUAGAGGUGUGUUCCAUGUUACGUCAUCUUUUUGACAGGUGUACGUGUUCCAGGGUCCGCACAUUAGGAUCGACAGAACAGGACAGAAAGUUGAAUCCUCUCAAACUCGAGGAAUGACUAUUGCCUUUGUCACCUAUCCUCUUUCAGGUCUGUUUCACUGUUGUGUUCAUGUUCAGGUCUUAUCUCGUUUUACGGCUCCUCCUGAGUAAAAGUCCCCAUAAGAUAUGUCACCAAUCAGUUAUUUGUUAUGGGGUGUGUUUGUCCAUGUUUGGUCAGAGACAAGGAAAUGAGAAAUGUUUUUGGGAAAUAGUCUUAUUUCUAGAAACACCAUAAAAGAGAAGGAAGUAUGGUCAAGGUGAUUCCCAUCAGUCGUGUAGUCAAUUCUGAGUCAUGCACUGAAGAAAUCACUGCUAGACUUUGUUACUUAAAUCCACAAGGUCAAUUGUUAAGCAUCUUGCAACUAAUCACCCUCACAAUCUGUUUGUAAAUGAUAAAACACAAAACGAAUUAAAACUGUGUGGGUAAAAUGAA